AUGGCAGCAAAGGCGUGCUUCAGCAGAUUCACUUGCGGGGGGUCCAGUAUCGCCGUGGAAACUGGUGACGUAUUUCAUAGCCGCAUAAAUUAGGGGCCGGCCAUUUGACUUUUGAGGCCGGUGGGUACGUAUGGGCGGUUUGGUUUGUAUAAUAGUUUUUUUUUUCUCCCAAACUUUUGGCGAUAUAAUUUUUUCCGUGAUAUACAAAGCCAUUCCUUUGCAGGAAUUCUUUUUCGCUCGAAAUCAGUCUGCAGGAUAUUUUUUCGGAAAUCACCCAUAAGUUUGUUAUCAUUCGCCUUAUCUGUACCCCGGGUACCUCGAAGUUUCAAAAUAUGAGGCCAGUCCCGUUCAGUAUGCCUUGAUUCAAAUUUGUCUUGCUACAGCGGAACCUUUCCUUUGGUAACCUCUGUACCAGGGACACUUCCAAUCAGGGGACACAGUUUGGUCGCGAAAAAAUCUUCUCCUAAUCUUUGUCCCUUUGUCUAUUUUGAAGGGACUCCUCUAUUCCGGCGACAGGAACAUUUUUUUUCUGGGUCCCCAAACCUGGAUUUAACCUCCAUUGAAGAGGGUGUUGAUGGGGUUAACUGAUAGCGGACGGAGAAUUGGCCAAAAUUUUAACUGUUGGCUGAGAAACGAUAAGUUUUCAACUGAUAGCUGAGAUUCUUUGAGCAACUGUCAGCUGAGAUUAGUUUUCCUCUGAAAAAUUUCCAAAAAAUAAAGGACUAAAUUAACUGCAAAAACCGUGGACGAAGAUCCUGCUAGUUGUAAACGUUGGAUCUCUAGGAAAGAGAUCAAAUCAGCCAAAAUAUAAACGAGAAGUCCGAAGACUACAGCAAAGCUGAUUUAAAACAACGUGUAUUGUUUUUUAUAACAAUAUUUCGGCUGGCCAUACCAGCCUUCUUCAGGUUUACAGAUGUUACUGAACUUAUGUAGCAAUCACAAUAUUAUAUAGAUGGAGAAUGUCGCAAUAAAAGGGAGAGGAGGAAAUGACGUACAACAUAAAAACUGGAAAGGAAAAAUACUAAGGAUAUGGAUUACAAUAAAUCGUCACGGCGGGGUUUAGGCCAUGAGGUUCAAGAGUCAUGGCCUUAUCUAUCAAAUGCGACUCCCUGGCCUUACGAACUGAGUCACGUGAAGAAUGAAUUUUCUCUAGUGGGAUUAACUGCCUGUCAGUAUGAGAAUGGUUAGAGUGAGAGAGAAAGUGUUCAGAAACAGUAGUGGGUUUAGAUUUAAUGUUAGUUUUGUGGACUGCACGAUGAUAUUUUCAUGAUCUGGACAGAAGGUUCAGAUCGUUUGAAAAUAUUCGUCGAUUAUCUCAAUAACAUUCAUCCCACUAUUAAGUUCACUAGCUCUCACUCACGUACGAACGUGCCUUUUCUCCCCGGCCCGGGCUUUUCUCGACGUCAUGGUGUCUCUACAUAACGGUAUAAUUGAAACUGAUCUAUUUACUAAACCCACGGAUAAACAUCAGCACCUUCUCAGCUCAUCAUGCCAUCCUCACCACACUAAGAAAGCCAUUCCGUUCAGCUUAGCCCUCCGCCUCCGCCGCAUCUGUUCUACAGACGCUAAGUUUAAACAUCGCAUUAAUGAACUUAAAACAUAUCUCCUUGCUCGUGGUUAGAAUAAUAAUUUCCUAGAAAAACAGUUCCUACGCGCUGCUAAUAUUUCUCGUACUAACGCGUUACAGACUAAACCCAAAGCUUCUAACGAUGUUGUACCAUUUGUUGUCACAUAUAACCCAGCACUUCCACACAUUUCUAAUAUCCUGCGCAAACAUUUUAACAUCUUACACUCCUCUAACCGUUGCAAAGACGUCUUUAAGCAACCGCCUUUUGUUGCUUACAGACGUAGCUCUAAUCUUCGUGACCUUUUAGUUAAAGCACAACUACCCGGUAUCUCCACCAAUCAUUUUCCGCCGGGCUCCCUCCGCUGUGGACAGAAUUGUGCCACUUGUCCAUACAUUACUAACGGCCUAACAAGUUAUUACCGUACAGGUGAAACACGCUCCACCACUUCACACAUUACUUGUAACACUAAAAAUGUUAUCUACAUGGUUCAAUGUAACCGUUGUAAUUUACAAUAUAUAGGUGAAACUAAGCGACGUCUCAAGGACAGAUUUAACGAACACAGACGUGCAGUCGACAAAACUAACAUUAAAUCUAAACCCACUACUGUUUCUGAACACUUUCUCUCUCACUCUAACCAUUCUCAUACUGAUGACAUGCACUUAAUUCCACUAGAGAAAAUUCAUUCUUCACGUGACUCAGUUCGUAAGGCCAGGGAGUCGCAUUUGAUAGAUAAGGCCAUGACUCUUGAACCUCAUGGCCUAAACCGCCGUGACGAAUUAUUGUAAUCCAUAUCCUUAGUACUUUUCCUUUCCAGUUUUUAUGUUGUACGUCAUUUCCGCCUCUCCCUUUUAUUGCGACAUUUUCCAUCUACACUCUUUUUUUCUAUAAGAAUAUAUUUUAUAAGAAUAUCGAGGCUGAAAUUUGCGAAAUUUUAAGAAUAUUUUAAGAAUAAACCCCAGGCUGAGGUUUUGAAAAGGAUGUAAUUUUGUGUGUUCAAAAACUGUAAAUACCAUACAAUUAUGUUUUCAACUCAUUCCAUCCUCUGAACGGCAAAACUUGCCAACAAGGCGUAAAAACCUGCACUAACUAUACUUGAUACCACAAUAUAUUCUAAAGUGUCAUAAGCUAUAAUUUAAGAAUAAUACAAGAAUAUUUUGAGCCUAAAAUCGGCAAAAAAAUAAGAAUAUUCAGCCUGGGCCGGAAAAACAACAUUCUUAUAUAAAAAAAAAAGUGUAUAUAAUAUUGUGAUUGCUACAUAAGUUCAGUAACAUCUGUAAACCUGAAGAAGGCUGGUAUGGCCAGCCGAAAUAUGUUAUAAAAAACAAUACACGUUGUUUUAAAUCAGCUUUGCUGUAGUCUUCGGACUUCUCGUUCUUGUUCCAAAAAAUAAGCCAAUUUUUUCAUGGAUAUAGUCAUAAAACCCUGAUAGGACCACUAGAUCUACACAAAGCUCGGCCAAACCAGGGGCACCUAACGAAUAGAGAUCGAAUCGAGAUCUAGAAUUUUCGGAAUAUUUGUUGUAAAAUUUCUUGCUUGCCUGCCUCUCCUAGGAUUUGCCCAUUUUUAACGGAUUUUUACCCUUUUUUUUCGGGAGCCUUUUUUCUGGCUGAAAUUUUUCAAAAGGUAAUUUCUGAUCCCUAUAAUUUUCGGAUCACUAGACUUUCAGCUAGGAAAUCCGAACAGAUGAAAAAUUUUUAGGGGAUUAAAAUAUGCCUAUAUCUAUACCGUUUAAAUACUAAAAUACGUUUAACAAUGCUAUGUUUAAGUGGUUUUGAACUAUAUUCUCGUUGGGUGCUCCUGCCAAACCUUAAGUUCGUUGACAGUCAAUCUUCAACACUGCUUACAAACACAAAACAUUUAGUGCGUUGCAGUAUGCCUUGGCUUUUGGCACAAUUGUCAAGGGGAUAACGAGUCGGUCAGCAAACAUUACACACAGGACAAAUCGUACUAUCCUGUCCCACAAUCUACCAUGCCACUUUCAUUUCACCUUAAUUUCACCUUUACCUCCUCAGAGACAAUUUCAAAAGAGAACAAACAACAAACUAUGGGUUGAGAACUUUCGCCAUGUGCGGCAAAGAACCGUUCGCGGUGAGACCACAAAACGACAAAGCCGGAGCCCUGCCAGCCCCCAGCCGUAUUGUGCUUCGAAAGGUAAUUUCUCAGAAGAUGUCAGUGUACCAAAGAGACCAUAGCGAUCGAAGAAGAGACAGAUUUGCCUGGCGUCUUACGCAAAGUGCUGUUGAUGAGGAAAAUGUUACAGCAGUUGCGCGUUCUGCAAUAGUGAUGGUGCGUGUAACUAGUGAAGUAGUAGCCUGCGAGCAAGCUCUCCUAUUUGGGCAAGCGCGACUGAGACUCGUUUCACUCGCCCAAAUAGGAGAGCUUGCUCGCUGGCUAGGCUUCUACGGGAAACUUCACCAUGGCCAUGUCAAUACUUUUCUACUUUUGCGUUUACUUUUUACGAUGAACGCCGUUACAAGUUAAAAAGCAAACCUUUUUCAAUUUCGCCUGUCUUCAUUACUGUAUUUUGGUAUCCUGAAUAUGAAGGGAAGCUUUCUCCUAGCUCCCUCCUCCAAACCCUCCGACAGCACAGGAAAAAAUAACGGAUUCCCAUUUUUGGAUAUUUUAGGGUAUUUAAAGAAUACCCAUAAAAAUCCCAAAUUUGGCAAAGUGAGACAAGAGGGUCUGAAUGGGGGGGUCCACUUGUCGCUUGUCGGUUAAAAUUUAGUUACUUUGUCGGUAGUCGGUUAAAAUUUUCGAUCUUUGUCGGUUGUCGGUUAACUCAGUUAAUAAGUAAAAAUGCUUGUUAAUUAUUAAUAUUUGUUAUGCCUUUCACUCAGUUUCACGACUUUGAUCCCUAUAAAAGAUGUAAAAAUUGUAAAAAUGCAUCAUUUGAUUGAACUUAAACUUCAUUAUGCAACAUGAUAGUGUAUUUCACCGAAGCUUUUAUUGCAAAUGCGAACUUUGUUUCCCUGUUGAUUACAGGGCACAAAAGUAAUGAAGAGAGGUUAAUCGGACACAGAGGGAAACGCCCACUCUAACCUUUUGGAUUCGUAAAUUAUUUUGGGUGAAAAACUGCGUGUACCGGCGUGAAACCGUGUGUUGACCUUUAAUAUUUUGGCUCUAACAAGUAUGUUCUUUGCCAUGGUUUUCAUUUCUUGUAGGAAAUAAGGGGUGGUUCUUUAAAAAAUUAGCAAAGUAGCGGUUGGUUUUGUAUGAGAUUCCACUUUUCCAUUAAAGCUUCUUUUACAGUAGACACUAUAAAGUGUGUCGGUGGUGAAUUUAAUAGUAGGAUCAUGUAAGUUUGCUUCUUCGAAGAAAGUUACGAUGUCUGGUCUAAAGACGGUUUAGCUUAGACUUUGUGUUUCAAUAUAUGACAUGAAAAUGUUGGCAGAGGAAACUGCUGUCUUUGUGCCCAUCGCGGUACGGUGGGUUUGUAGGUAGAGCUUUCCAAUGAACUGGAAAGAAUUUUCUUUGAGGAUUUAUCUAACCAUUUCUAGCAUUAAAUGUGUAGGACUAGGCCGGUUGUAGAAAUUUUGGCAUACGCUCAAUAUCCUCGUUUUGUGGUAUAUUUGUGAAAAGAUUUGUGACGUGGUAUCUUUGGUUACUUCCUAGAAAGGUAGAAAAAAUACAAUAUACUCUUCUUUCUGAAAAAAAUAUAGAUAAUGUCGGUCCAUGUCGGUAAUCGGUUAAUAAUUUUCCUGUCGGUAGUCGGUAAUUUUUUUCGCGUUUUGUCGGUAGUCGGUAAUGUCUUUUGCCGUUUGUCGCUAGUCGGUUUACCCCAUUCACACCCUCAGACAAGUCCCAACCAGGGAAUUCCCUACCAAGUUCCCUGAUUGGGACUUGUCUCACUCUUCCAAAUUUGGGAUUUUUGUGGGUAUUCUUUAAAUACCCUAAAAUAUCCAAAAAUGGGAAUCGGUUAUUUUUUCCUGUGCAGGCUAGGGGCUCCUGCUGAAUCUCGUUCCCAAGGCUCUCUCUCUUGCCAUGAGGGGAAAGAGAAGGAGGAGGGAGGCUGGGGAAGAAAAUGCGACUGACUAAACGCCUACUUGGAAGUCUACAUCUGCUUUAAUGUUGCAUAGGAUAUUUUCUCCGUUUAUCACGAGCCGCUCAUAAUAUCUAGCCUGAUUUUUAGUUCACGCAUCCCAUGAAUUUUAGUAUCAUGAAGAUAGGUCGUGUGACUCCGAGCCGAAAAAAAACACCCAAAAAGGACAGAAAACAAAACAACAAAACAAAUAAACGAACAAAUAAGAAGUGGGAGACUCUGAGUAAAGGAUCAGAUGAGUGCAAACAAGCUUUUGUUUUACAUGAAGUGGGUACCUUGGCGUAACAUAAUGCGGGCUCUUGUUGCAUUUUAACUCUUGCAGAUGAUUCAGGGAAAUGCGGUGAGUCUGGUGAGUUAGAGAAAUAGCUUUUAAUUAUGUCCUUUUUAACGGGGCUACCGUCGCUAAAGCCGUAGAUGAUUUUUCUUGUCAGAAUGUCAGAAAAUGCUAGGUUUUAUAGCGGCUCAUCGAAUAUCAGUAGGGCCGUGCCAUUAGUAAAACAUCCAACCGAUCCUAUGCAGUAGAACCUCCAUGUGCGACAACCCUUAGUUAGCGACCCGGGAGGGGGGGGGGGGGGGUACUGCCAUAUAUGGGCUCUAUAUGGGUAUGUGCCGCUGUGAAGGGUAUGGUUUUCAAGUAGUUUACUCUAGGAUAGAGUAUAUAAAUCAGAGCGUUUGGGUCUAGAAUAGGGUAUCAUUUUUCAGGAAACUGAUCAGUUAGUUGAAGAUUUUGUCUUGAUUAGGGAAAGAGCUACUCUAAGAUAGGGGGGAUUUGGGGAGUUUACUCUAGUAUAGGGCAGCAAAAUUCAGCUGAACUAGCUCUGGUGUAGGUUAAGGGUUCCAGAUUCCCAGCAGCACAUCCCCACCCAGAAAUUCCUAAAGUACCCUUGGGUACUUUGGGCCUUUUUACAUACAAAUGAUGGUAGACUUCCCUGCCCUUUCAUAUACCUGAAGCCUAAAAAAGACACCCCUUUUGGGCAGAGCUUCCCCAUACAGGCCAUCAUAGGGAGUUUCCCCCCCUUGAUGUAUUUCAGAAGGAUACUCCUUUUUUCCUUCCCACUCUAGAAGACAAAAGUAGACAUGGAUCUAGGAUAAAUACUGACCGAUUUCCUAAACGAGCGCCAAAGGUGCAAGCUUCUAGCGGGGUCUGGUGGGCUCCCUUGGGAAUUUUUUUUGAGUUUUACUCCUUUAAGUCCCUUAUCCAGGGUUUCCGAGUCAUUUAGACAGGAUUUCAACUUGGAAAGUGUUUUUUAUUAUUAAAAUAUAUUUAUGAUGAAAAAUGUGACCAAUUUCUCUAAAAUGCACCUGAAAAGGAGGCUCUGUUUGCAGGAUGAUGAACAUACUGAGUCUCUUAAGAUCAAAUCAUGAGAAUACUUUUAAUCGGUAGCCACUAAAGUAAGCUAGAAUUAUAAAAAAAAAAUUGCCUUAGGCAAGGAAAAAUUGAGUCAGAGCUGUUUACCCAAAGGACAUUUGGAUUCAUAUUUUGUCAAGCCUGAAUGUGGCAUUUUUACUUUACAUUUUUACAUCAGAAGAGUUCAGUUGACACUGUUAUGUAUUACUACUUCUUUACAGGAUUCACGUGACCUCCUUCUUGUAAUUUCAAUGUCUUCUCAACUUGUUCAAUAUGUUAUCGUGAGAGGGGACCUUUUAAGGCUGUUGUCAUGGCCGACAGGUGCAGUGAUAGCCCAAGCAUGUCAUGCAAGCACAGCUGUUCUUUGGACAUAUCGUAAUGACCCUCAUACAAUUGAGUAUAUCAGUGAACUAGAUCACAUGCACAAAGUUGUGCUAGAGGUGAGACAUGCCACAAAUGUUGCAUUUUGUUCUCAAAUGAUGGUUAUACUGUUUAACCUCCAUAACAGUCGGUUCAGGUCAAGCGUACGUUAAUGAAAUUGUUAUUCGAAGGUUGAAUCCGUUGGUAUUUCAGUUUCAUCUCUGCACUCCUGCAUACAUAAUGAGGAGUGAAUUCACACACGAGGUAGCCAUGAAAACAAUAUUCUUAGUAGUGAAUAGUCUUUUGAUUUCCUUAAAAUUUAGAUUAUCUAUUUUAUCAUUACAAUUAACCACAUUCCAAAGAGCUGACCCCCGAAAGACUAAUGAGUCUCUCAUGAAUCUGCCAUUGCAUCUCAGAAUGAAAGCAACAUCCUGAAUGCGAAAUGAGUAAGACCAACAUUAAUGGUCCACAAUUGGUCGUCACCUACCAUCUUGGACUAUACUUUCCUUCUGCAAUCAUCAUAUUCCUAAAAUGAAGCUUAACAAAGUGUAUCAAGCCCUUGAUGGCCACUUAAUAAGAGGUGACAACAAUUAUUAGGAAAACCCUCAUUGGGAUAGGCCCACCAAAAGGUGGCCACAGCAGCUUAGUAGAGGUGCCCGCUUAAUAGAGGUUAUUUACCAUUCUAUGCUACUUAUUAUUGUGUGACGUUGGUUCCUGGCUGCUUAAUGGAGGUUUGGCUGUAUUUUGUUUGUUAAAAUCACUGCAUAAUCACCCCAUUAUAACCACCCCAUUCAUUCACCCCUUCCCCUCCUAUUCUAGCCUGAAUUUCAUUCGUCUGCUCAAAUCACAAACUCCUGAGAGUGAAAACUGAAUCAAUCAGCCGUUAAUGCCAGUGGCAUCAAUCACUACCUGAAAACCUGGAAGUGAUUUUGCAUGAUUGCUUGAUUGUUGAGACAUUUGCAGGAUUACUGUCAUUUACAUGCAGGUCGUAUGCUAUAACUUAAACAUUACCUUUGGAUUAAAAAAUUGGGACUCAGUAGGUUUUUGAUCAAAGCUUUUUUUUGGUUUUGCAAGUGAUUUUGUUAGUAGGUCACAGCACAGUCAGUAGAGGAGACUGGUUAUGAAAGGCAACAAACUUGGUGGUGCAGAUUAUGUUGGGAGCUCCCUGACCUUGCACAAUCCUUUGUUUUUUGUUCGCAAAUUGUGAUGGAAUAAAUUAAUGAGAUUUUUUUUUUUGGUCAAUGAGAUCACAAUGAUAAAAAUACUAUUGAACAUUGUGCUCCUUCAAAUCCACAAAAGCAUAUAACAAAUUAAUAAUGUGUCUGAUGGGCUUCAUAACCUUUCCACUCUCUUCAAUUUGGUCACAGCAGUUUUUCAACUUGCAAAUCUUUGAACUUCCUGUCAUUUCCAGAGUAAAGUGUAAUGAUUCUAUAGUCUUCAGUUAUGAGCUACCAUAAACUGCUCAGGGCUUAUACAUCUUUGUGAGGGGAUUUAGGAGGUCUUAUAAACAGAGGGGCUUAUAUCUGCUUGUAACCAGAAUAGAAAAAGCACUUCAAACAAACUAUAGCGUUGUUGAUCAAAAUAUGUGUUACAUUAACUGGUAACAGAGAGGAGAAGUGUGACAUCACAUUACCAUGGUAGCACUAUUUCUGGAUGGCAACAAAACCAACGACGACAGCGACGGCAAGGAGAACGGCAAAAAAUAAUAUGUUUAUAUUAACAAACAACUUUGCACGUGAAUCACGCUAUUUUGUACAUUUCUUUGCCAUUGUUGCACCACUACGACACUGGAAACUUCCUAAUUUCACGAGCCCGCUUUAUGGAGUAGGUGAACAAGACACAAAAGUUGUCUCUGUCUUGUUUUAAACUUAGAUAACAAUAGACACUGUCCCAAGGAAAAUUUUGUCAAAUUAAAUGGAAUUGAAUAAGAUCGGUGAAGUUUGAAAUAAUGCGAGUAGACUUUUAAAUGACUGUAUCGCUUUGUUGUCAUCCAAAAAUUUUGCUACCAUGGCAACGUGACGUAACGAUUUCUCUUCUCUAUUAACCUUUAAGGUGGCUGAACACAGUUUUGCGGGCGAUCAGCGGUAACUCGCGUGACGGCGCGUGUUUUAAAUUAGACAAACAAACAUGGCGGCGAAAAAAGUAAUGGUACACAGAAGACAAUUUCUCAAAAUCUGCUCAUUAAAAUUUUGUGAUAUUUGGCAGAAUUUUUACUUUUAUCGUACUUUCAAUAAUAAGAACUUUAAAAUGGAAGUUCAACAGACAAGUUUUGUGACACAUUUAAUAAUUACAGUACAAUCAUAUUAUUGAUUAUCUAAAAACCCGUCUGUUAAAAUUUGGUCAAAUAAGUUUCAGAUGGUAAUGAUUAAUUAUAGUAAGCUGUGUGCAAGUUCAUAGUUAAAUCUAAUGAGCGAAUUUUAUCUAAACUGAGCAAAAGUGAAAUUUUAAGGUUGCAUUCAAUCGUUCAUGUUGCCAUGGAAACUACGAAAACGUCACAUUUUACCUGUCAGUCAAAAUCUUUCAUCAGUAUAUUUUUCACUUGCCAAGUUUUAGCUUGUGAGCUGCAACCUUUCUCUUGCCAUGAUUUGGCAAAUGACAUAUACUCACAAACUGCCAAAACUGUGUUCAGCCACCUUAAAACGUCAGAAAAAAAUCGAAUUCAUUUCAUUUCAAGCUAGAGGGGGGAGCUUAUAUCUGAGGGGGCUAAUGAUCGGAUGCAUUUUUUGUUUAGAAGUAUAUGGGUCUACGGCAGUUUACGGUAUUCCCCCUACAGUGCCCCUAUUAAUGCUUUAAUUCUUAUAUUAAAUAAUAAUGGUUUUCAUUCAGGCCUCAAAUCAAGAGGAAUUGGAAAAGCUGUCACAAGAUUUAACAGCCAGUAAAAUUGAUCACAAACUGUGGGUGGAACAACCAGAGAACUUUCCAACUUGCCUUGCCACCAAACCUUAUCCAAAACAACAGAUCCAGUCGUUCUUUAAGAAACUGAAAUUGUUUAAAUAA